AUGAGAAUACUUAAGGUAGUUGACUCAAUAUUGACUUUUGUUUGGCUGGCAUAUUGGCAUCUAAAGUCGUUACUGAACAUUGCUCCAUCAUUUUGGAGAUUUUGUUAUAAUGCUUGCAACUCAUUAUUUACAAAGUUACAGUACACUUCUAAUAUUGAUGUUUCAUUUAUGAAUUAUGGAUAUGCAAUUAAAACUCCCCAUAGUCUACCUGAAAAUUCUGAGCUAGAUAAAUUUAUUGAAUCUAAAUUGGAAAAGUUAAAAAAGGAAUCUCCACCAAAUUUUAACGAUGUUUGGAACUCAGUACAGCUGUAUACCGCGGUUCUGUCUACAUAUGAUGAUAACUUUAAGGGCAAGUCCAUUUUAGAAGUAGGCUGUGGCAGAGGUGGAGGAUCGGUUGUAGUUUGUAGUGUUGCUGAGCCGAUGUCGUAUGCUGGAAUUGAUAUUAGUGACCAAGGGAUUGAAUUAUGUAGACAAGUAUAUAAAAAAGACUUGAUUCCUGCUGGAAAUAAAGUAUUUUAUGUUGGAAGCAGUAUGGAGCUUGAAAACUAUUUUGCCCCUGAGUCUUUUGAUAUUGUAUUAAACGUUGAGUCUGCUCAUUGUUAUCCUAAUUUUGACAAAUUUGUAAAGGGAGUGUUUGACUUACUCAAACCAGGUGGAAUGAUGCUAUUUGCAGAUAUUUCCCCCACUAUUGCUUGGCCAGAUAUCAAGGACACAAUUACAAAUACCGGAUUUCAAAUUAUUAAGCAACAUAACAUUACUGCUAAUGUAAUUUACUCCUUGAAAACGGAAGUAGAACCUUUUUUGUCAAAGAUUAAUUCUAAAAGUUCUUCAAGCUACAUUGGCCGAGCUCUCAUGUGGCUUGUAAAUAGUCAGACUGUGAGGAUACCACUAAAUGCUAUGAUAAAAGGAGAAGGACAAUAUCAUAUCAUUGCGAGCAAAAAACCUGUUCAAUUUAAUAAAUCCACAACAAUUCAGGAUGAAAGACCGUCAAUAACGAACAGGCACAAUACAAAACAAUUAUCGUGA